AUGGCUUCUCCUUCCAAAGCGAAGGAGGUUUUCUCCUCGGACGAAGAGGGUCCUGCGGCACCGCCGGCGGUGGUCGCGGACUUGGGCUCGGAGGAUCGCAGGGUCAAAGUGUCUAGCCUGCCCUUCAGCGUGGAGGCGCUCAUGUCCGACAAGAAGCCUCCCAAGGAGGUGUCUUCCCUGCCAGGGGGAGGCGGAGGCAUCGGCGGCGGCGGUGGGAGCAGCGAAGGCACCUCCAGGACCAUGCUGCUGCCGGGGCACGGCGCCAGGGAAGCUCACAGCCCCGGGUUGCUUACAAAAACCUUUGAGACGUCCUCGGUCAAGUCGGAGAACUCGGAGGACGGGACGUCUUGGAUUCAGGAGGCCGGCAGAUACUCCCCACCGCCAAGACACUUGAGUCCUACAACCUGUACCCUUCGGAAGCACAAGACAAAUCGGAAGCCCAGGACUCCCUUUACCACCUCCCAACUUCUGGCCCUAGAACGAAAAUUCCGCCAGAAACAGUACCUCUCCAUCGCUGAACGGGCUGAGUUUUCCAGCUCCCUGAACCUCACAGAGACACAGGUCAAAAUCUGGUUCCAGAACCGCAGGGCCAAAGCCAAGAGACUGCAGGAAGCAGAACUGGAAAAGCUGAAAAUGGCAGCCAAACCUAUGUUACCCUCCGGCUUCAGCCUCCCUUUCCCCAUCAACUCUCCCCUCCAAGCAGCUUCCAUCUAUGGAACAUCCUAUCCUUUUCACAGACCUGUGCUCCCCAUCCCACCUGUGGGACUCUAUGCUACCCCUGUUGGAUAUAGCAUGUAUCACUUAUCUUAAGGAAGAUCUCCCAGCAAAGGAAUAGUUAAAUAGACUUCAUGAUGGAUGUGUUUGUUCUAAUUUUUUUUCUUUCCUCAUCCAAGAGUACAGUACCAAGCUAGUUCUGGAUCACUUUUUCCUUUUGCUGCAUAUUUUAAGAGCACCAUGCCAACCACUUAGGUGUUCACAGGAUGGAGCAGAUCUUUUCUUGCUCUUUAGUGUGGGACACCAAACCCUAUUUGUCAGCAUCACCUGA